UCUCGUCGCGUGCUCUGGCAGUGGAACUUAAUAUUACUUAUCACGUUAAUAGCUUCAAACACGUCUUGAGGUUACAAGAAUAAUAAUAAUAGAGUUUACAAAUCAUUUAGGCCACAGACGAACUUGAGGAUUUGUACAUUUGGGCUAAUUGUUAACUCAGCCUGAUAAUGAUUGUCAACACAAAACAAACAAUAUCAUAGUGCGGCGUCCAUCUAAACAACGUUGUAACUAAACACCCAUAAAUGGUACAAACACUAUGUAAAAUAUCUCUAAGAGUUAGGCGAAGGAACAAGAGUAAAAGGUCCUGUACACUAGAGAAGAAACAAAGGGAGUUGGAAGAAAACUUCAUGUGAACGAACUCAUUUUUCUUCCAAAAGGUAAGUUGUAACUGACACGUUGUUGAACCUUUGUAACAAACACAAACACGAGUUUAAUGAACAUGGCUGUUGACCUUUACAAAUUCCUAGCCAGAAAUAUGUUUGUCCUGUCUUUUAUCUUUCAUUUCUCACCUCACAAGACCUAUAUCUUUAAUGUGAGUGUAAUGAGUCGAUGAAUCAUCCGUCUUAGCUUACUAACUAUGAUUUAUCCUUCUGGCUUCGACGCCCGCAUUGUUGGGAUACCGUAGAGCUUUCUUAUGCUACGUAGAAGCAUUCCCAAAUACAUGACCUCAGAUAAUAUGUCUUUAAACACGUUUUUAAUCUGCAAAAUCUACAAACACGACUUCAAACAUGGCAAAUGUGAACUUCCUCUCGAGUCUCUACGGCGUACAAACUGAAUUAUGGCUCCGUAUGCAAUAAUUUAAAGCAUUUUUCGAUAUUUUAAGCUUGUGUUUGCACGAUUGAAUGAUUGAAGUUAAACGUACCCCAAAACGUACUUACAAAAUGACAACGUUAAAGAUGGAUAUUCCAGGAGCCACUGCCAAGCCUCUAUGCCGGCUCAAAAGUCCCAAAAACCUUAAGUCAGUGUUAGAAAAAGCGCGGGAGGUUCUGGCCAYGUCUGCGCUGACACCAAUCGGUUCCCGCCUCAAGGCCAAAUCCGAGUGCAGUGUGUCGGACCUGAGUGACUGUGGCAGCCAAGGAAGUGAAUAUGGCUACUCUGCCCUUCACGAGGCUGUCAUAUCACAUGAUUUAGAGUACAUGGAUUUUUUAUUGAAGACGGGUUGUGAUUUAGAGCAAAGAGACGAGAAUGGCUUUACCGCACUUCAUGUUGCAACGUUGGAGAAGGCCGUUGAAGCAGUUGAUCGGUUGAUCAGUGCCGGAAGUAAUGUCGAGAGCUUGACUAAGGAAGGGAUGUCCUCACUCCACAUAGCCGUCGAAAUCCAAGACAAUGACCAAGUCCUCACUCAUCUUGCUGCCUCAGACUCUACCAUUAACAUCAGAAAUAAAGUCGGUCGAACUGCUCUUCACCUGUCCGCAAGGAGCGGAAAUCUAGAAUAUCUGAAAAUCUUACUGGACGCGGGAUGCGACCGGGAGAUUAAAGACAAGUUUGGGAUGAAAGCUGUUGAUGCAGCGAGAGCAAGAAACCGUGACGAAUGUGUAGAAUUCUUGCUGUCUUACGUGCCACAAAAACGGAAUCUGACAACAUCUGAAGACAAGGAGGACAGCGUGGAAAAACGACUUGAUAACUGCAGAAAACUUUUAUUGAAUGGAUCUUCUAUGUCAGCAAACAAAAACUUCGAUAACGAUUUAAAAGCAGAACAAAAAGACGAAACGACAAAAGUUGACAGUAGUAGCUUGACGUUGCCAGAGAUUUUUGUCUGCGAAAUGAACCUGGAAAACAUGAUAGAGAAAACUAGAAUUUUGGUCGAUGAGGAACCGAGAGUUACCCAGCUUCAAAUUUGCACAACGGCUUCUUACGAACUAGUUAUAAAUAUUGAGAACUCGGCAAAAGAACAAGAAAUGUUUGAAUUUGAAAACAACAAUGGAACUAUCGAUACAAAACUUGCACAAGAAGAAAAUAUUAUAAAACAAAUGAAGGAAAAAGCAGGGGAAAAAGUGAAUGGAGAGAUAGAAACUUGGGAAACAAAUGAAAUUUUAACAAAUAAAACAUCAAAGCAAACAUCAAAAGAUGUUGCAUCGAGUGAACAAUUCGACGUCCAAAAAACAGAGGAGAAUUACAUCUCUAAAUGUGUGCCACUUUCGUCUAUUAUCUUGAACAAAAGCGGUGAAAAUGGAUGCUCCGUGAAUAAAAGUGAACGCCUGGUGAAAUCCUUAAGUAGUUUUCAAUAUCCUGGUGUAAAUGAACCAGAAAUGCUUCUUGAAAAUAACAAAUUUGAUGAUAAUUUUUCAGACAAAAAAUAUCGCGUGAAUGCGUUGCACAGCACAACUAGAAUCGCAAUAGAUUCAGGGGAACUAUUCAAACUUCUCACGAAGAUCUCAGAACUAAAACAUGACCGAGAAGUAAGAGUUGAUAAGGCGUUGAAAUUUUCAGCACUCGUCCGCUGUAAGGAAGAAUCAUCUUCUAUUCUAGGGUUGAUGCCAGUGUCUUUAUUGAGCGUAAAAUUGAAAGAUGAAGACUUUUUUCCUCCAUGGAUGUUAGAUAAAGCAGUUAUGAAUGGGUGGUUGAGGAAUGGCUUUCAAAUAACAAACCGUGGCUGUGAAUCAAAGAAAAUCAUUUCACAAGUCUUAAAAGGUCUGAAAUUGUCGAUGAAUGAUGCUAUUUCUACCUGCUCAAAUAACAGUGCUCUCCAAUGCGAUAAACAAGAAUUGUGUCAAGGUUUUCUUCAAAAUGGAAAAAAAUGGAGGCCUCAGAAUAAUACGUGCGAAGAUGAAGAUUUAGUGGAACUAUUUAUCAAAGCAUGUUGUGCAAUCAAAAAUCAACCAUCCGAGGCUUACGCAAUUUUAGAGAAAUUCUGUGACAAAAUUUCUUUCAAAGAACAAGAAGAAUUUAAAGAUUUGACAAAUAAGAUUUUCAUUUGCUGUAAUUUGUCAAACUGUGGAGUCAAAUCUAAAGUCCAUUCAAUUGAUCUUGGAAACUUUUUGGAAGCUCUUGAUCAUGUUGUGCGAUACGAUAAAUGCCCUGUGCAUUUCGUAGCAGCUGUACUGGACAACAUCAUGGCGCAUCAAGAAUGCAUGAAUUUAAUCCUCACGAGUCGAACUAAUUUUCUCGAGUUUGCGCUGAACAGAGCAAUCUCUUGCGAGGAAAAAAUCUGGGACGAAGAAAGAAUUGCAGCGAUUUUUUUGCUGCUUUGCAGAAUACUCGAAGAUAAAGUGGUAACCCUGUUUCGCUUCGUUGAUAUUCUUCUUGGACUCGUGCUUUCUCGACAUGACAUUAGCAACACCGUUUUAAGUUCUUGUAUUCUUGUGCGAAUGGGUCUUUUGAAAAGCGAGUUUAGAAUAGAAAUAAUAGAAAACCUUAAAGGUCCUUUCGAAGCGCUAAAACAUGUCUUUACGCAAGACUACUUCCCAAGAUCCCUUGCGAGUUUAUUUGUUUCUUUUCUAGCCAAGCCAAGCCCUCGUUUUGCUCAUUUGAGAGAUCUUCACAGUCAAGCCCUCAAAUCUGCCCUUCUCAAAGAAAUCCUUCCACAGCUAAAGGAUCAAGACGCUAAUGUGCUAGGUAAAGGCUUAAAGCGAAUCUGUGAUGUCCUUGCGCUUGGAGAAUACUGGGAAAUCGCUGACCACUGCUCUAAAGUUCUUUUUAUAAAAGCUUUGGAAUCAACAAAAUAUAGGGAGAUUGAACUAGGGCAAUCAAUUCUGGUUUAUUUUGGCCUGAUAAAGAGCGAAGAUAAACUUGAAACUAUUAAAGACAUUGGAACCGGAAUGAAACUUCUGCAACAUGUUGCUAAUGGCAAUCAUAUCCCACACUCCAUUGCGAUAAUGGUGAGUGUAUUUCUUAACAAAGAGAGCAGGCGCCUGGAAUUUUACAAAGAUGACAUCGAAUACCUAUUGAAUAUUUUACAGAAUUGAAAUUAUUCAUACCUUAGUAUAUACAUAACGCAAUAGUUUUAUAUUUAUAUCAAAAGAUGUAAUUUUUUAAUAAUAAU